GUGACUGAAAAGUCUUGCAGCUUCGUAUUUUUUUGCUUUCCUCUCGGGCAUGGCCAAAAGACGACGUCGGUCGUCAGGAGGAAAAGAUGGCAACUAUCAUCACCAGUCUGCGAAGAAAAGAGAAGUCGUUGAAGAUAUUUCUACGGAAAAGACCUCUGCUAAAUCAGACGGUUGUAGUUCCUCCGGUACUGAUACGAAAAGCACCGAUGGCGCUACUACUGUUAAUAAACGAGAUCAUUCACUAGGUGUUUCAUCACAAGAACUAAGCUCGGUAAUGCAACAAAUCAAACUCAGUUCACCGGAACCGCCAUCAAAGAAUAAGGGGACAAGUAAUGUGUCACGCGCUACACGGAAGGGUAGUAAAGGAAGAAGUUCGAGGAGAUUAAUUCAGAGGAACAGCCACGCCAAGGAGAAUUCUAGUCAGAAGCAGUCAACUACAUCUGAAAAAGACGAUGAGGUUGUACACGAUAGCCAGGAAGCAGUAGAUUCUCCUGCAGAGCCUUCAGAUGAGAAGCUCUUGAAGGAACCCGCAGAGAUACUUGCCCUAUACAAACGCCUCACCGGCAUCGAGCGCAAGCCUCCAGAAAAAGUAGGGGAUCCGUUGCGAAAUGAAUAUCGACAGCUGUUUUGCGUUGGAACCAUAUGUGAGAAUCUGAGUAACAUAAUGACUGCAAGACUUGCAUCAGCGGGACAACUUCGGAAGCAGCGUUUAGAUUCUCUGACUCAACUUAAAGCCUUGACGUCACGACUCGAGGAUAUGAACUAUGCUAAUUCGGCGAUAGAAAAGUAG